AUAUCCUGAAAAUGUUUUUUAUCUAUAAAUUGUUCUAGUGACAACUCAGUUGUGCGUCAUACAGUGUAUGUGCUGUGCCGGCCAAUUUCUUGGAGCCCAGCCGUGACGUGAGAAUUGAUUCCAACCACAGCCGUGACGUGUGAACUGAUUCCAACGACAAAGCUAGGCACAUCACGAGAAUGACGUUGCUCUGACUCUGAGAGCGGAGAGGGUCCUGAUACUCUACCACCUGCAGCAGAUGCAGACAGAGUACCCAACGAAGGAUAGCCUUUCUUCCAGUCCAGCCACUCCAGUGCCACUGUGCCAGUGCACGCCGCCGCGCAGUUUGCUACAGGUGCCGGGCAAUGGAUUCCAGUUCCAGCUCCAGCAGCAGAGUGGUCGCCUUCGAUUGCAGCUCCUUCCGACUAUACAUGGACGGCCACGUCGAGCGCGCUGCCAAUCGCAUGGAAACCGUGUCCGCCGGCUUCGACGCGGACACGGGCGUGGUCUCCAAAGAGGUCGUCAUCGACGCCGCCACCGGCGCCACCGUGCGGCUCUACCUACCGCCUGCUGUCCAGGGAGGAGCCACCACGACGAAGCUCCCGAUCGUCGUCUUCUUCCACGGCGGCUACUUCAUCGUCGGCUCAACUAGCGAACCGAUGUACCAUCGCUACGUCAACUCGCUGGUCGCCAGAGCACGCGUCGUCGCUGUCUCCGUCGACUACCGCCUCGCGCCGGAGCACCCGCUCCCGGCAGCCUACGACGACUCCUGGGCCGCGCUCAGGUGGUCGGUCUCCGCCGGCGCGGACCCGUGGCUGUCCGACCACGGCGACCUCGGCCGUGUCUUCCUGGUCGGAGUCAGCGCCGGCGGUAACAUCGUCCACAACAUGGCCGUCUCCGUGGGCGUGAACGGCUUGUUGCCAGCCGCCGAACCGCCGCGCAUAGAAGGCGUGAUCCUACUCCACCCUUCCUUUUCCAGCGAGCACAAGAUGGAGGCAGAAGAAGGGGGGUUCUGGCGAGCUAACAAUAACAGGUGGGCGGUCAUCUUCCCCGGCGCGAUCGGCGGCGCGGACGAUCCGAGGAUUAACCCGAUGGCGGCCGGCGCGCCGAGCCUAGCGAAGCUGGUGGGUGAGAGGCUGCUCGUCUGCACGGCGUCUUUGGACCCGAGGGCGCCGAGGGGGCCGGCAUACUGCCAGGCCGUGCGGGCCAGCGGGUGGCGCGGGAAGGUGGAGUGGUUCGAGACAGAAGGUGAGGACCAUGGUUUCUUCGUCCACAACCCCGGCAACCACAAGGCGGUUGAGGUUAUGGAUCGAGUGGUUGCUUUCCUCGAGGACCAGUGACCCCAACCUCAGGCACAGCAAGAUCGUUGUAGCUGAUCCUGGUGUACUGCAAGUGUGACCUCAAGUGAAGUGUUACUGUCUGUACUCCCAAGAGCUUCCUAAAUUAGUUCUUGCUUCUUGGAAUAAACACUGCCGUCAUUCCACACCAUUCAGAGGUGUGGGAUUUGGACAUUUGAUUAUGUUGUGGUUCAGUUAUAUACAUCAAGUCAUCAACUGUGUUUAUACCAAUGACAA